UGGGGGAGGCGACAUCCUAAGGGUUAUUCAUCCUCCACUAGGUUUCCUCCGCGUCCUUGGCCUUUCUCCUCACCGAUCCUUUCCUCAACCCAGUAUAUCCUAAAACUGAUGUUUGCUUGAGACAAGUCCAAAAUUUCUUGAAAAUUUACUUUUCUCGUUCUCCCUAGAGUAGGCUGGGCCGGAAGCGGAAGUGUCUGUGAGUUCCAGUCUGGCCAUGGAGGAUUCUCCGUUCAGGGAACCGGUGCUGGACGCCAAAUCCGAGGUCACCUGCCAGCUUGUAGAUUUUCAGUGGAAACUGGGCAUGGCUGUGAGCUCUGACCGCUGCAGAUCCCUCAAGUACCCGUAUGUGGCUGUGAAGCUCAAAGUGGCAGAUCCUUCUGGCCAAGUGAACACCAAGUCCAUCGAAAUGACAAUCCCACAGUUUCAGAAUUUCUACAGACAGUUCAAGGAAAUUGCCGCUGUCAUUGAAACUGUGUGAGGACAGAUUCCGAAGUAAUGGACUCUACCUUCCAGAAGAGAACUGCAUAUGGAGGAAAGAUAUUUAUGCAAUGAAAAGUGCACUUCUGGGACUAGAUAGGUGGCUCAGAGGUCAAGAGCACUGGUUGCUCUUCCAGAGGACUCAAGUUCAAUUCCUGGUAACCACAUGAUAACUCACAACUGCCUAUAACAUUAGGACCAGGGAGUCCUGCACCCUCCCAUAGGUGUCUAUGCCGGCAAAGACAAAUGGGUAGAAAAUUAAAAAUUAAAAGAAUUUCACUUCCCAAUUUUUUCCCCAGUUUUAAAAAAAAAAAUUGAUAAACUCAAAUUUUUCAGUGGUCACCAAUGCUUUGCCUUUUCAAUGAGUUAAAAGUCUCUGUGUUGAAUAUUAAUAUAUGUAUGUGUAAUUAUAUCUCAACAGAUGAGUAAAUGAUACUCUUAAAUGCAGCACUCUUAAAUGUAUAUCGGGAAAUUUUUAAAUCUUAUUGAUACAGAUCUAACUUUAUGAAUAAAAGCUUGUAUAUGAAGGUUAAA